AUGGAAGAAGAUCGUGCCCUUACACUCCUUCAAGCAGCGAUAGCAAGCUACGUUGCUGACCUGCACACCCCCGUCGCUGCUUUCCUUGAUCAAUCUGCCGACCAACGAGACCCCAGCAACAUACCGCUGCUCCUCCACAGUCUAGAUGAUCUUAUAUACUUUCUUACGCAGGAGGUCAAGGGCAAGUUGCCGAUGCAGGAGUACAACAACCACCUCCAGGGUACCAGAUCAUACCGAGAUCAGUUAGCGGCAUGUCACCAGUCACUGCUGCAUGGCCACACUCCUCACCAAGCAAGGCGGAUCGUCCCUUCCGCUCGAGGCUGGUCGCUUGAUGUCAAUACCGUCCUACUACAACACCUAGACAAGAACGGUUUUACCGAUGUUGAAAUCGGGAAACAUCUAGGAUGCUCGCGAUGGACCGUUCGACGAAGACGGGCAGCCCUGGGUUCACAACCGAAACGUCAACAGAAGCAUCGCUACACAGAAGAGGAUUUGAUAGAACUGGUCCGCUACUACCUCCGCCAGAACGAUCAGGUCAUGGUGGUGUAG